AUGGACUUGUACCUGAACAACUGUUUGAAGGCUGCUGAGGCUGCGGCAUCCAAAGCAGCUUCCGGCAACCUCAAAAAUGACAAAGACACUUGUAGUACUAAGAGACAGAAACCUAUUGUGCCAAAGAUUGGACCAUCUUGUCUGUUGGACUUGCCCCUGGGGGCCAAACUGCCUGUUAUCCCAGGAAGUACUAACAUAUUCUAUACCACAAACAUAAGUGAAAAGCUAUAUCGGCCUUCUUUUGGUUUUAAUCUUAGUGAUCCUUACUGUAGACUCAUGGAAACCACCUACCAAAGUCUUCAUGAUCCACACCUUAAAGCAUACUUCAGACGAAAAGACAUGCUCAAGAAACUAAGACAGGGGGGCUACAUCACCAGCAAUAACAAAGUCAUAUGUUCCUUAAAAGAGUUGAACAAAUACAGACAAUAUCUUACCACUUUAAAAAUUGACUUUGAGAGAAAUUAUGUCAGGGAACAAAAAAUUAUAGAAAGCCAGGUGAAUAAGCUGAACGAAGAGAGACGAGCUUGUGACGACGCUGCCGCUGCUGCCUCAUUUCAGCAGUGGUUGUUACAAGAAGGGAAGAAGACUUCCCCGCAUCAAGACCAAUUACUAAAACGAAGACAUUUGCGUAUGAUUAAUAAAGAACUAGACAAAAUUGAAGACACCUUGGGAAGACGAAACACACUGCAGUUAGCAGAAGAAGACAGACUACAUUGGUAUAAUGUUCAAACAAAACUGAAUCAGCACAAACAGAUUGAGGAGGAAUGGCAAUCCAAGGAGAUGACACUUCUAUCAAAGAUUGGAGCAGAAGUGAAGAGAGAAGCAAAAGCUGACGAAUAUCGGCAAAAAAUCAGAGAGGAAAUUAACCAAAAGAAACAAGUAAUGCUUCAAAAAAGGAUAGCCUACCAUUUACAAAAACUGCAAGAAAAAGAUAGUAAAGAAGAAAAGCGGGAAGCAAGUGUCCCUGAAAGCAAAAGACAACCUGAAACAGUGAGUUUUAACUCUGAACCUGUCUUACACCCUUCAGACCUAGGCAGUGACCUCAUCUGCUGA